CACACAUGAAAUCAUCUUAAAAUGAUGCGCACAUUUUAAAAGACAGGUAGACAAAUCUUUGCAUAAACUUUGUUGAAUUGCUCGCAAUAUUUGUACCUAUCAUAUGCAUGGAUACAGAAAAAAUGUUCGUCUUAUUUAAGAUGUCAAAGUAAAUGGUACACAUUAUAAUGGUUAUGUUUCAUGGCCUCAAGUUCUGCUGUUCUUGCUGUUGUUGCCACUGUUGGUGUUAUAUCAGCAGUUCUAGUAUUGAUUUUGUGUUGUCUCAAAACACUAUGUGAACACAGACUCUCACGAAAUGAUACUAUACUUACAGAAUUUAGUUCCUUACAGAAUGAAGAUACAGCUCCAGAGAACACUGCACAAAAUGAAGGGACAUUGCCACCAACAUAUUCCAACCUUUCACUUCUUCAACUACCUCCGUCGUACAGUGAUGCUUGUAUUGUAGCCGAUAGACAAUCAUUGGAUAGCAGUAUUGACAUUGACAGGGGAUCACUAGGAAGUAUUUCAGAGGAAGAAACUGUUUUAUGAUAAAAUAUGAAUCAUACGGAGUAAAUAGUAAAUGCUCACUUCUUGCUCUUUAGUAAAUCAAAGCUAAACUAUCUCAUUACGUCACGUUUGUUCUUCAUUUCAUUGGUGAACAGAUUUGAAAAAAAUGAACAGACAAACCAAGAAGGCUAAGAGUAAAAUUUGAGGUAUUUCGCCUCCAAACGUACGGAUUUGACAUAGUUAUUUUAUCUGUGUAAAGGACAUGAUUGUUAUAACUUACCGUAAAUAUGAAUUCUAAAUCAAUCAAGUACGUUGAUUAUUUUAAGUAUUGAAAAUUACAAAAUGAUAAAAAUAGAGCAUGAUGUCGUUUGAUAAUACAUUGUAGUUAUGUUGGAAUCGUCAAAAUAUUACACUUGCCAUCAACAAUCAUGUACAUUGUAUGUUCCACUAGUGUUGAUUACCUGCUGCUUCCGAUAAUAAAGUUCGAAGGCGAACAACAUUCAAUAUGUUAGACGAAAAUUAAUAUAUUUGUACAAUAUAUUUUAAAUAUAAAUUAACAACAGCACAUACUAUGUAUAUAUUUUACAGCAAACUGUGACAUAUUGAUGGAUCGAAUCAUUUUUCCUCAUUUAUUUAAAUGGACAAAACCUUUCAAACUAUUGAAGAUACAAUUUUUAAUGUAUAAUGAUUAUAUUUCCACUGUUGCCUGUACUACAAAAUAUGAUACAUGUAUUUUAUAUAUGUAAUUGUCAAGGAUAAUGCCAACAGCUUGCUUGUGUGUACACUAAUAAGUCCUUUAUAAAAGUCAUAUUAUUAAUUAGAUGAUCUAUUUUUAAAAGUAUGAAAUAAUUUGUAAAAUAGAGAAACUGACAGAAUUAAUAAAAAAAAAAAGCUUUUGUUUACAGCACGUUAGUUCAUCAUCAAUAUUAUUUUAAAUUACAAAUGUUUGAGUAAAAAUAUUAAAAGUGCUUGUACACAACCAGAUGGGUCAA